GGAAGUAUCUGUUCCACACUGACAACAACAGUCCAAUCACUGCCCCUUCAUUCUGUCCCCAUAUUUAUAUUCCUGUAAAUUUAAACAUAUAAGUGACAGUGAUGUCUCGAAAAACCAAAAAAGAGGAAUAUCACCGCUUCUUCACUGUGACAGAUCCACGCACACACGAGAAAGGACACACGGAAUAUAACGUGACAGCAAGGUUUGUAUCAAAGACACAGCCGGCGAAUGUUAAAGAGGUUGUGGUGUGGAAGAGGUACUCAGAGCUGAAAAAAUUACAUGGAGAACUAGCGUACACUCAUAGGAACCUGUUCAGACGACUAGAGGAGUUUCCCCCUUUUCCACGAGCACAGGUUUUUGGGCGUUUUGAUGAGGCUGUGAUUGAAGAGAGGAGGAAAGCAGCUGAGGCCAUGCUGCACUUCACUACAAAUAUCCCUGCUCUGUACAACAGCCCUCAACUCAAAGAGUUCUUCAGGGGAGGAGACGUGAGAAGACCAAUGGAGACAGCUGCCAUUUCUCCAUCUCUUCCGCCGCCUCUCAUUCCCCUUCCUGAGAGGAACGCUGAGCUGUCGGCUGAAGAGGAGACAGGGAGAGAGGAUCCUAUCCAGGCCCAGGAGCUGGAGUCCAGCCAAAGACUGACCGAUCUAACCCAACCUGAAAUGGCAGUUGAGGCUCUCAGUGACAUGGAAAGCAGCCCCAUACAAGAAACACAAACAGAAAUACAAGGACUGACAGAAAAAGAGAGAGAGACUGACAUCACAACACAUAAGACUAAUGGCACAGACCAAUGCGCUGCUGCUACAGACACUACAACACCUGUCUCACUUGAAAUUCCCGGCUCUCCAGUCGACCAAUCAGAAGAGUUUGAUUCACUGUUUGACUUAGGAUUGGAUGAACAUUCAGACAAGGCCCCGCCUCCGCUUUCAGAUACAGACCUCGCUAUUUUUGACCCAUGUGCCAAAGAAGAUCAACCGUAUGGAUCACCCAGCCACGCUGAACUCCUGUCCGUUCCUCUAACCGCUCCAGAUGGGACGGAGUCUGCUGAAGAUGUGAGCUACAUGUACCAGGCCAAUGAAGAGCUGAAUGCUGCCAAGGAACGAGAGCAAGAGGGCGAAUACAGUACAGCAGUACAACGAUACAGGACGGCUGUUGAUAUAUUUAUGAAAGGAGUGCAAGGAGAUGUAGAUUUGAAGAGGAGAGAAGCAGUGAAGAGGAAGAUUGCUGAAAUCCUAGAGCAUGCGGAGAGACUUCUCUCCAUACAGACUCCCACUCACGAGCACAAUACAUAGAGAAACAAUUUAAACACACACGCACACAUACAUACCAACUCAAGCUUCAUCAAACCUGGGAUACCCAAGCACACUCCCACAUACAUACUCUCAUCAACCUGAGUUUUGACUAACACACACACACACACACACACACACACACAUAUAUUGAAACCACAGUUUCACUUAAGUGCAACUCGCCGGCCACCCACACAGUCAACAUACACACACACACACACACACACACACACACACACACACACACACACACACACACUAGACUCCCACACUUACCUUCCCGCUUACUCAGUUACACUUGUAGGAUAUGUCCAUCGGUACUAUACUCCCUGCAAUGUAAGACCACAACAACAGAGUUUUACUUCAUAUGACACUAUUUUAACUUAAUAAUCUGAUCCUAAGGAACUGGAAAUGGCUUUUAUUAAUCCAGUGGUUGAUCUGUUGUGUGUAUGAAGUUGUUAUGUUAUGUAAAUGACUGUUUUAAUGAAGACAUUUCCUUUUCAGUGAAUUCUGCCUGUUUUGUAAAUUAAAACUAAUUUAAUAUAUACAUUUUUAUUAUUAACAUGAAA